AUGAAAAUAACUUAUGACUUCAUGCGAGAGAGUGAUACCAGCUGCAUGUGUGACUGGAAUGUCAGUUCUUCUGCAAAGGGUAAUGCCACAAAGAACGUCAAUUCCAAACCCAUUUCCGCGCUUGUUGGUCCUUACAAUUCCGGAAGCGCAGUAUUGGUUGGAAGCUUACUUCAGGUAGCUGACAUUCCUGCCAUCAGUCCAACUGCAACAAGUGUAGAGUUGAGUUCACAGUUAUACAAAGACUUCUUCAGGACGGUUCCACCAGACAACUGGCAGGCAAAGGUUAUGGCAGACCUCAUAGAGCUUUUUAACUGGACAUACGUGGCGGCUGUAGGCCUGGAUGACUCUUACGGUCGAAAUGGUAUUUGGGCACUGGAGAAAGAAUCGUACAACAGGGAAACCUUCUGUGUUGCAUUUUCUGAGUUUAUUCCACGACUAGGCUAUCAAGAUAAAAUCAAGCAAACUGUUGCCAAGAUUAAGCUAAGGCCUAGCAUUGGGGUGAUCAUCGUUUGGCUUUCUGGCGGUUAUGGUAGAGCAUUCUUCGUGGAAGCAAUAAAUGAAAACAUUGAAGAUAGGACAUUAAUACUAAGUGACGCCCUGACAGCCGAGGAGGCAGUCUUUCUUGACCCCCGCUUUAAAAUACUAGACGGUUCUCUCGGCAUACAGCCACGUGACUACCGAGAUCGGGCUUUUGAGGAGCAUCUCAAGAUGAUUACUCCGGCGAAAAGCGUUGAAACCGGGCUGGUGUGGUGGGACGAAUUGUGGAGAUCGCAAUUCAACUGCUCAGCAACACAUUCCAGAAAUUCUGGUGUUGCAGUAUGCGAUGCAAAUCUGACAUCAUACCAUGCAGUAACUAAGAUACGAAGUUCUUUCGUGUCUUACCUCAUCGACGCUGUUUACGCGCUAGCUCAUGCUUUGAACAGUAUCUAUCUCUGCCCAUCCAUAAAAGGUCAGUGCCCCUCCCUGCAACCUGCUGUUAAAGGAAGCGAUUUACAGAAAUACCUCAGAAAUGUCAGUUUUAACGGUUUGACUGGAAAUGUACGAUUUGACAGCUCUGGCGACCCUUUGUCUGCUUCCUACGAUAUUAUUAACUUCCAACGACGAACGACCACAGAGAUAGCUCACAGAAAGGUUCUGGUCGGCGUCUGGGACAAGGAUGCCAAUCCUAAACUAAAGAUAAAUACCACCAGCUUGCGUUGGAGCCCCUUAGUGAACAAUUUGUCAGGCCCAGUAGCCUUCUGUGCAUCCGAAUGCCUUCCUGGCACUAUGAAGGCGCCUAGCACGCCAUGCUGCUGGGACUGUAUAACAUGCCCACAGGGAACUAUCAGCAGCGAGAUGGGAUCAAAGAGCUGUAAAGAGUGUGACGUGGAGACAAAGCCAAACAAGGAGCGCACUAUGUGUGAGCAUUUACCAACCAUCAACAUCGGUGUAACAUCGGCAACUGGAAUCGGCGUGAUAAUUGUAGCGAUCAUCGGAUUGUUUCUCACUGCAUUGGUUUGUGCAUAUUACGCUAAGUUCUAUGAGACUCCAAUUGUGAAAGCAUCUAGCAGGGAAGUGUCUUUUUUACUGUUGCUUGGCAUUGCGGCCCUCUUUGGUUUGUCCAGUUUUGAGCUGGCCAUUCCAAGUAAUUUACAAUGCAGUAUAGCUGCGUUCUGGCGCUAUUCUGCUCUCAAUCUCUGCAUAACCGUGCUUUUUGUGAAGACAAUGCGAAUUACCAGUGUGUUCCAGGUUGAUAAAGUUGCGCAGUUGUUUACUCCGUGUUUUAAGACCGUAACGAGACAAACCAUUCUUAUAUCUUUGAUGAACGUUUCCGCCCUUUUAUUGCUAGCACUGUGGAUGUGUGUUGAUCCUCCUGGGCGUGAAAAGAUCAUCCGAUCAGAUGAGCACAUCUUUCUGGUGUGUAAAUUGUUCUACAACAAAAACGGAUUCUCACUGUUCCUAACUGUGUGUAUCUACACGUUAAUAAUCGCUCUCUUGUGCACGUACUAUGCCUUCAAAGCAAGGGGCAUUCCCGAAAACUUCAAUGAGGCAAAGUACAUAGGAUUUUCCAUGUACAUUUUGUUGCUUUCCUCGCUGGCAUAUUACCCAGUGGCGUUUGCUUUUGAGAGCUGGUACGUGACUCUAGUGUCUUGUUGCACUACGUUAGUGAUUUCAUUUGGGUUUCUCAGCUGUAUGUUUGGACCCAAAGUCUACAUUCUUCUUUUUCAUCCUCAGCAAAACACCAUGGAAUCCGUCAGGUCGCAAGUAUCACAAUAUUCGUUUCACGUAUCACGCACAAAAGUUUGGGCUAAACCCGUCGCCUUGGGAAAAACUAAUAGUGCUUUCGAGCUCAGCAAACCAGAAUGA